AUCAAUAACAAGUAUAUACACAUCUGAAAAUAAAUCGUUUGAUAUGAAGUUCGUUUAUAACUUAACCAAACCAUAUAUUUUCGUUGUGUAUUUGUUUAAUAUAUGGUCUGUGUUCUGCAAACUACUGGACACAUCAUACUCAAAGCCCGGUGACAUUAAAUUGACAGGAUCAGCUUUGGUUAAAUUCGAUGUACAAGGUGUCAGUCUCGUACACUGUGGUAGUCUUUGCUCAGAGGAUGAAUGUUGUAAAGAGGUCCUGUAUAACGCGACCAGUGGGCGAUGCAUAGGCUCACCUUUUAGCGACUUUAAGAGUACAUUGAAUAACUUAGUUGAAGCAUCGUAUGACGGAAUGUCAAAGUAUCAAAAAGGUUGUGAAUCUGGUUGGUUGGAGUUCAAAGCUCAUUGCUUUCUACACGUUCUAGACCUUGUUUCGUGGUACGAUGCAAAGCUUGUUUGCAAGAAAAAAUGUUCAUACCUGGUUGAAAUCAACUCACUUGAAGAGAGUAAUUGGCUGGCCUCAACAUUUCUGGAUAAAGUAACCUGCGGUGCAGAUGAGUUCUUUAGUUGCACAUCUUGGAUCGGUGGCAAUGAUAUGAAUGUCGAGGGCUCGUAUGUGUGGGAUCAUUCGAACACGUCGUUGGUUUAUACAAACUGGCAUCCGCAGGAACCCAGUCUGUUACAUCCAAGUGAUGCAUCCACAAGAGAUUGCAUUGAUCUACUGAGGUCUGGGCGUUGGAACGACCGACCUUGUCUUUAUUCGAACACGUUUAUUUGUGAGAAAAAAUUUGGAGACUAGUUUUUUUUUG